GGACUGAAGCAUCAUGCGGAGAGCUGCGCUGCAACUCACCCUCUUCGGGCUGCUGCUGACUUUGGUGGAUACACUUCCAAACAAGGACGACUGGGACAUCUACAGCUUUCACAUCAACGCCACCGUGAACAGUCGCUAUGCCACCACUGUCAUCAACAGCCGUGUGGUCAACCGUGCAGAGGAGUCCAAGGAAAUCGAAUUCCAUGUGCAGAUUCCCAAGAAUGCCUUCAUCAGUAAAUUCAGGAUGUUGAUGGAUGGUGAAGUGUAUGAUGGUGUUGUAAAAACUAAGGAGCAAGCUCAGCGGCAGUACACAGAGGCUGUGUCCCGUGGUCAAAGCGCUGGAAUUGUCAGUUCUGUAGGGAGGACAAUGGAGGAUUUUAAGACCUCCGUUACUGUGGCUCCUCACAAAAAAGUCACUUUUGAACUCACUUAUGAGGAACUGAUGAAACGGACGCUUGGCAAGUACGAGUUGCAAAUCCAUGCUCGACCCAUGCAGCCUGUCAAAGACUUCAAGAUUGAUGUGCACAUUCACGAGAAGGAUGGCAUCAGUUUCAUAGAUGUGAAAGGAGGACUGAGCACCAAAGCCCUUGCUAAUGCCAUCACCAAAACACACGCAGACAAGCAGGCUUGGGUCCAUUUUUAUCCAACAGUGGACCAACAGAAAACUUGUGACAGCUGUGGAGAGCAAGGCAUGAAUGGGGAUCUGAUUAUUACUUAUGACGUCAACAGAGACACCGAGCUGGGAGACCUCAAGACAUCAGAUGGGUAUUUUGUCCAUCACUUCGCUCCAUCAAGUCUUUCCCGAAUACCAAAGAAUGUUGUUUUUCUUAUUGAUCAAAGUGGAUCAAUGAGUGGAAGAAAAAUAGCACAGACACGAACAGCAUUAAAACGUAUCUUGAACGACUUGGCAAGCGAUGACUUCUUUGGGAUUAUCACUUUUGAUGGCAGCAUUUUUCACUGGAAACGAGAACUUGUUCAGGCCACCAGUGAGAAUCUGUUGUCAGCCAAAGAAUUUGCAAAAAAUAUCAGGGACAGAGGAGCUACAAAUAUUAAUGCAGCAGUGUUGGAAGGAGCAAGUAUGCUGAAUGCACAUCCCAGAGAAGGUUCAGCAUCUAUCCUUAUACUUCUAACUGAUGGAGAUCCCACUGAAGGGGAGAGAAAUCUUGAGAGAAUACAGUCAAAUGCAAAACAGGCCAUUGCAGGCAAAUUUCCACUGUACUGUCUCGGAUUUGGGUUUGAUGUGAAUUUUGAGUUCCUUGAGAAAAUGUCGCUGCAGAACAACGGUAUGGCAAGACGGAUUUAUGAAGAUUCUGAUGCAGAUUUACAGUUAAAGGGUUUCUAUGAAGAAGUGGCCACCCCACUCUUGACAGAUGUGACAAUGAUCUAUGAGGGUGGAGCCAAUCUAACUCAGACCAAUUUCAGCCAGUAUUAUAAUGGCUCUGAGAUCGUGGUGGCCGGUCAGAUCACCGACAACAACAUUGAAACCUUCGUCCCUCAAGUUCUGGCUAUCUCAAAGAACAGAAAGAUGAUAUAUUCUGAAACAAGUUCCUCCAUCGCACCCCCUCCUGGAACAGUACCUGAAGGCCUCCUCCAGAGGAUUUGGGCCUACCUCACGGUUAAACAGCUUCUGGACAAAGAGCUGCUGUUAUCUGGACCAGAAAAAGAGGAAGUGAAGAAAGAAACUUCGGAACUUUCUCUGAAGUACAAUUUUGUGACCCCUCUCACAUCCAUGGUGGUCACUAAACCUCAGGGGGAGAACACAGAGGUGCUCCAUAAACCCAAGGAAGGCGAAGUGGUGCAGGAGCACCACCACACACUCAGUGCUGCAUAUCCUGUUCAGGAUUUAUUUGAUGAUUAUAUGAUUGCGGAGGCGGAAGCAGAUGCUUUCGUCGACUACUCGGAUUCUUACAUGAGUCUUCAGGACUUUGUGAGAGCAACAGUUGGUCCUAUUUCCCAUAGGUCUAUGCUAAAAACUGAGAGUCUGUCUCCUCCAGUAUGCUUUGACAUCUUGGGAGCUCUCCUCCUUAAACUUCUUCACCAUUCCACCAGGGAGCUGUAUGUGAAUGGUGAGCUGGAUUCAGUGACAAACGGUGGCUUCAAAAAUAUUGUCAUCCAUGCCAAGUCCGACCUGCAUGUUAAGGUGAACGCAGAGGGAAUAGAUGUCCGACAGGGACAGUCGGUGACGCACCACACUGGCCAGGAGCUCAUCACAGUUGGAAGUGUGACAGUAAUCAGGCGGGACAACGAAAUAGAGGUUGCCGCAGAAGACGUACGAAUGGUCAUCUAUGUUCAUGACAAGGACGGCAACAAAUUCCUUUGGCCGGUUUUAAGACAAAAAACAUCUGCCAACAACACUGAAGGAAUUUUAGCUUUGAAGCCAGCUGUUUAUGAGGAAGUCCAAGAUCAGCAUUCUACUAAACUGAAAAUCAGCGACCAAGAGAUUUCUGCUACAAAUUCCACUGCUGUUGACUACAGUAUUGCCUCUCCUUUGGAAAUGCGCUGUUGGCUCGUUCCAGCUGAUGUCAUCCUGCAGAGACCCCUGAAUGAUUUCCUUGUUCCACAUCUCUAACUGGGAAAAUGUUGAAUAGUUUCGAAAGUAUGUCAUUUAAAAGAAGAAAUAAGGCAAAUACUGCAACAUGUUACCAACAGCAAUUAUUUCCUUGAUUGUUUACAUAAACUACAUUAAUUACAAAAUAAAAUAAACAAUCAGUUAUGAAAUGUAAAUUUCCGAAUAUGUCAAGAAAUAAAGUAAACUCUGAACUUUUAGAA